GUCAGGGAGAUGUAUGGCGAGAAUGAAUGUUAGUUUGAUAUUUUGGUAUGAUUGUUAUAUCCCCUUGUUAUGAAUGCGAAGUGUUGCACGUGUUGUGAACUGAGUGAUUAAGUCUUCGUUGAAUCUGCGAGAGAAUGUGUUAGUCAGUAAGGUCUUGCUCCCGGUCCAGGAAGGUUGGACGUUUACUUCCUGGACUGGUAUUUAUGCAUUUAUAUAUUUAUAAGUUGAUGGACUGGUGUUUUGUUUAUUAAUAUUUACUUGAGCAAUAUUGGAUAUUAAAAUAUUGAUAUAUUCUUGGAGAUUUGGAGUUGGAGUUGAUGUGUAGGCUAUCUAGUGAUAACUGUUCUUAUUUGAGUAAUUAAACAAGUAUUGUUAAGUGUUAUUGAGGAUUCAUACCCCCCAACGAGCCAAGUCAAGAAACACACCAACCAAGAGAGACAAGCAGCAAGCAGCAGUACAUAUAUAUAUAUAUAUAUAUAUAUAUAUAUAUAUAUAAUUAAGACAUCUGACAUCUGGAGGCUUCGUCCGGGCAGGUAUCGUUGUACCUGUUACCUGUAUUAUUAAACACCAGUGUAUUAACCGGUGUACUAAUACAGUAUUAUUCUUGACAUCUAUCUGAGGGCUAGUCCGGGCAGGUCAGUUAUACCUGUUAUGUCAUUCGUCACGUUGAAGAAGUCGAUAAGAAAAUAAAGAAUAAGCAACACAAGCAAAGAAAAGGAUACCGAAUUUUUUGAGCUUCGUCCGGUCUGGGACAGUAACUAUUGUACAUGACAUUGUCUACUAAAGUUGGAUUCAAGGCAAUCUGUAUCAUUUGUAACCUACUACUCGUUGACAUUUUUGGGCCUCGUUCGGCCAGUAUUUGAGAGUCUUUUAACACACACUGAAGAACUUGACAUUGUUUACAUUUUUGACACACACCGAGAACACGGAGGAACUUUUUGUGUUUCGCCAUCAACACGUUAUUGUUGGAGUCAGUCUACUAGAACUCUACGAAAGGUCAUUGACUAAUUUGGACUUGCAGCUACUUCUUGUAUACCGAGGUCAUUGCGUCAUCACUACUUAAAGAGGAUCACCAUUUAAAGAGACAUCGCCAUUUAAGGAGACAUCGCCAUUUAAAGAGACAUCGCCAUUUAAGGACACAUCGCCAUUUAAAGAGACAUCGCCAUUUAAAGAGACAUCGCCAUUUAAAGAGACAUCGCCAUUUAAAGAGACAUCGCCAUUUAAGGACACAUCGCCAUUUAAAGAGACUUCGCCAUUUAAAGAGACAUCGCCAUUUAAAGAGACAUCGCCAUUUAAAGACAUUGCCAUUUAAAGGGACAUCACCAUUUAAAGGGACAUCACCAUUUAAAGGGACAUCACCAUUUAAAAAGACAUCACCAUUUAAAGAGACAUCACCAUUUAAAGGGACAUCACCAUUUAAAGAGACAUCGCCAUUUAAAGAGACAUCGCCAUUUAAAGACAUUGCCAUUUAAAGAGACAUCACCAUUUAAAGGGACAUCACCAUUUAAAGGGACAUCAUUUAAAAAGACAUCACCAUUUAAAGAGACACUACUACUAUUACUACUACUCACUUACUAUUGGACUAUUCUACAUGAAUGCAAUUACUCGAGUAAUCGUGAAUUAUCUACCUUUGUUACAUUGAUGUUGGAGUAUACUGGACUUGAGAGACUUGGUCAUCGUUGAACGUAAAAGUAAAUUGCAAGUGCCUGUAUCACUGUGUCUAACCUAUGGGACUGACUUGAUUAUUUGUAUAUCUGGGAUCUUUUUGGAUUAUUAUUGCACUAACUGACUAGAUAAUCAUUUUUUUUAUGCACCCAUUAUUAUUACUAUUAGUAUUAUAUCAAUGUUUGAAUAAUUUUGUUUUGUAUUUGUUUCAUUCUCUAAAUCUGCUGUGAGUCAUAAAGCGUUUACAAGGAGGCCGAACAGCGACCUGACACUCCAGAAGUUCUACAUUCUUAAAGCAACACUGUCGUGUGGAAAGAGUUGUCAUUUCUUUCCUGGCAUCAGACACAGAUAAGUUGAGUUUUCUUUUGUCUGUUGUAUCGGGCAUUCAGGGUCGAGUGUACAUUGCCUUUUCAGUAGGGGAGAUAAAGAGUGAGAUUUUUUUUUUGUUGAUCCUUUUUAUAAUUUAUUGUCUUAUGUAAAUUGAACGUUACUUAACUUAACCUUUAUAAAUUAAUUUACUCUUAUUCAGUAAUAUUUCUUAUUAUUUGUGAUUAUCAUGGACGAGUUUAAACCUAGGUCAAUUGAGGUAUUAAUAGAACAGGCCCACAUGUUUGGAAUUGAGGGUGAUGAACAACGAGAGUUUGUUUUAAACCAACAAAAACUAGAUCUAGAAAGAUUAAAAGAUUUAAACCGACAAAAACUAGAUCUAGAAAGAUUAAACGAUUUAAACCGACAAAAACUAGAUCUAGAAAGAUUAAAAGAUUUAAACCGACAAAAACUAGAUCUAGAAAGAUUAAAAGAUUUAAACCGACAAAAACUAGAUCUAGAAAGAUUAAACGAUUUAAACCGACAAAAACUAGAUCUAGAAAGAUUAAAAGAUUUAAACCGACAAAAACUAGAUCUAGAAAGAUUAAAAGAUUUAAACCGACAAAAACUAGAUCUAGAAAGAUUAAAAGAUUUAAACCGACAAAAACUAGAUCUAGAAAGAUUAAAAGAUUUAAACCGACAAAAACUAGAUCUAGAAAGAUUAAAAGAUUUAAACCGACAAAAACUAGAUCUAGAAAGAUUAAAAGAUUUAAACCGACAAAAACUAGAUCUAGAAAGAUUAAAAGAUUUAAACCGACAAAAACUAGAUCUAGAAAGAUCAAAAUUAGAAUUAGAAAGAAAGGCAAUAGAAGUGGUAAAGUUGAAAAUGGAACUGGAAGUAAAACUGUCAUUACAGGGAGAUGUGAACUAUAAAAUAGAAAUUGACAAUGACAUAUUAAAUAAUGAGGAACAAAAUAACUGUCAGGAUAUUGAUAAUAAUAUAAGUGGGAUAGAAGAUAAUGAAGAAAUUGAGAAUGUCUUAUCAAUACAUCCGAAAUAGCUUGCUGUGUGUUGCACCAAGUAGAUGGCUUCCUUCCGGUAAAGUGCAGAGAGCUGACAUAUAGAGAGCAGCAUUACUUCAUUAGUAGCGUGAGUGUCCAACGCCUAGACAGAUACCUCUGAUACCCAGGAGGAUGCACAAUCCAGUUUGACCACAGACCAUUGUCUACUAGCAGAUAAACUGUCAAGACUUAGCAUAUUUGUAUUAGUUAUAAUUGAUAGAAUUCAUUUUUUCCCCAAUACAAUGUGAAACGUGCCUUUAACUAUUAGAGAUGGUAUCUUGUCGUAUAUUAUUGCUAUACAUAGGAGUUGAUCUUUUCUUGUAUUUUUGCUGUUUUACAUAUUAAAUAUUAACGUGGAAAGGACUAUG